GAAGAGUAUAUUUGGGGGCAGGCUUGUUUUCGGAACACCAGGGUCCAUUUUUACCACAGUACUGCUAGAAUCACGACCUAAAGUGACAGAGAGGCCGGUGUUGAACGUGCUGUUUGUGUCCGUCCUCCUCGGUGUUUUCUCCGCCCUCCAUAGUUUAUAAAUGAGCCGAGCAGCAUCCAGCCAGCCAGCCGGCGGGGUUAGCUCAGACAGACGCUGCUCAACGGACGAAACAUGGCGGAGAGAAGCAGCAAGCAGCCGCGGUCCACCCGGUCCUGUUCUCCAGCAUCACCGUAGAACCAGUGUGUGUGUGUUAGGUCUCUGGAUACACGGUGAAGGGACAGUUUGCUUCGACACUACACGAGAACAAACCGUUGAACAUGAGCCGCGAACGUGGAAUCUGAGAUGAGCCGACACGCGACAGGCGUCCAGGAGUCGGUGCAGGAGUGUGCCCCCUCCCCGCCGCUGCCCGCUGAUCAUGUGCUCUGCUCCGGAGCUGUGCUCUUCCCUGGUGCUUUCGAUCAACAUGGCUGCCCUUUGAUCGUGUUCCCAGUGGAUGGACAAGCCAAACUCUCCCCAGAACUCAGCAAAGCAGAAGUGGUGGACUUCAUAAAUUACUUUCUGUGUCUGCACAAUAAGAAGCAGGAGAAGCAGAGUUUGGUGUCAGUGGUGGCUGAUCUGAGGCACGCCUCGCUCCCUACGACCAGGUUCAUUGCAGAGACGCUGAUUCUGCUUGAGCUGCACAGACGGACAGUUCACAGUGUGUAUAUAAUUCAGCCCAAAAAGAAGGAUGCUCUCAAACUGUUGCUGAAACUCCUUGUCCCAUCCAAGUCCUGCACUGCCUCUUUAAAGAAGGUCCUUCUGAAAGAAACCUCCGAACUCUCCAACUACAUUGACCGAAGUCAGCUAACGGCACCGCUGGGUGGUUACUUUGUUUACUGUCACCAGAGCUGGGUUUCCUUCAUUAAGGAGAUUGAUACGUUUGUCAAGGAGUUCCUGUCUGUGGUCCAGCGGCUGCCCUCCUGUAUCUCCACCCUUCAUGCUCUGUCCAGGCUGCCGCUGCCCACCACCUUCAGUGAGCUCCAGCACUUCUGCUCCACCAAUGAAGCCAAGUUCCAGCACCUCAGGAGGGAGCUGGGACUGGAUGAGCUGCUGAGGCACUGUGACAGCGUGGUGGAGAAGCUGCGUUAUCCUGAGAAGGAGCCGUGCUACCAGGCCAUGGCCGGCACUGCCCUGUUCACUCACACCACCUUUGACAUGCUCCAGAACCACAGCAGGAUAACUGCAGCUGUGGAGAAAGUGGAGCUGCUGUGGCAGCAAGCCUUCUCUAAGGCCCGCCUCCAGCUCCAGGUGUUCCAGCUGCGAGAGGAUGCACUGCAGAUCACAGAGCAGAUUCAUACUCUUCAAGAGAAACUCCAUGCUUACAAAAUAGAGAUUGCCAAGGAUGCUGCCAGAGCAGUGCUGCUGGUGUCUGAAUUUGAGGUGUCCAUUCACACGCCUGCUGUGGCACUGGUACGCUGUGCUGAGGAUGUGAUCCACACGCUGGCAGAGAUCCUGCCCUAUGACGGUCAGAGCAGGGAGCGCUGGGUUCUGGAUCUGGAGAGGCUGAAGGAAAAACUGCACUCUGCUGUGCACUUUAUUCUCCAAACCCUCCGAGCGGUUUCCAGCUACCAUCAUAACUAUAACAAGGCCAGCAGUUGGUACAGUCUGGUCCUGUGUGAGAACUUCCUCCAGGAGCUGCUGUCGGGCAUUAAUGGAGUCGGGGCUCCCACACAGAGGCAGAGGAGGAACUGGGGGACGGUCCCCGCAUGGAGACGCAGGAUGUCCACUUUCCUGAAGAAGAAUCCACCUCCAAACGGGGAGGAGCUCCUUCAUCUGGCUCAUCUGUCUAAUGUCAUUCCAGAUGAUGAGGUCCAGCAGGCGGGCACACAGAUGUCUCAGCGGUGCAUGACUCUGAGGAAACUCCUAAUGUCUUCAGGACCGGUGGCUGUCGGUCACCUCCAGCUGGCCUUACAGUGGCAGUAUGAGUUGUUGCGGAGCAGCCAUGUCAAACCUUCCCCUGAUGAUAGUGCUACAAAUGGAACAGUUAAGGAUGUUCAGGACUUCACAAAGUGUGAUGGCGGAAAAGAACUCGGAUCGUCUCCUCCAGCUGCAGCUUCUGGGUUGGUGUCAGCUGAGGGCAAACCCCCAUCCCUCAGCUCAUUCGACUCUGGCUUUGAUGGAGCUGGGACGAGCCAGCUGGAGGCCUGGGGAGGUAGAGAAGGAGUGGAAGGUCUCUCUAGAUUAGGUAGGACCGGGGACUCUGUGAGAGCUGUCUUAAGCCAGCCUCAAAUUCACAAAGAGAACUUGUACAGCGUUUCAGACUCUGAGGAUCUCAAAGAGCAGUUUGACUUUGGCUCUGUGGGAAAUUCCUCCAGGGCUAGCAUCCAGAUCAUCCCCAAAGUAACUGUGGAGUCCCUCAACUUUGAGAUCAAAGUGAAGCGCUCUGCUGCGCUACCAAAUAAUCCAUGGCUUAGCUUGCCAGUAGACGAUCUGGAAAACUCAUACACAGUCACCGUCACACAGAACCCAACACCGCAGAAGAGAGACCUACAGUUCGAUGAUCCCCCAGACUCCUGCACAACUGCUAGCAAGUCCCGAGAUCAGCCCACACAGACGGAGGUGCUGAGCGGCACUCCGUCUACUGGACCACAAAGCAGUGACUGGAUGCUGCACUCACAAAGCAGCCCAGAGGAUCCUGAGCUAAGUCCCAUUUGUAACGUCCUCUCCAGUACUAUUACAGACGAAAGGGACAAGUCCAUCUGCACCACAGAGGGGAUUCCCACCCUGCUCUGGGAUUCUUAUGACCUUCAUGACCAGAAUCAAGAUUCUGUGGAUGGCUCCAUUGAUCUCUCCCUGAAGGACUGGGAUGUGAAGGAGCAGGAGGGUUUGAGGGAAGUGGAGGAGAUCCUGGACAGAGCUGAUGAAAUACUGGAGAAAGAAGAGAGCGUUCUGGCUCAGGAGGCUGUGCUGGAAGCUCUGCUUAGGUCUGAGAACAAUCAGUGGCCACAGUGGAACAGCGAGGAGCAGCUUGGUGUGAUGUCGUCCAGUGAGCUGGCUGAAGCUGGUGUCCUCGGCCUCGAGGAUUACCUGGAUCCUGCAGAAUCUGACAGCCUCAGUGAACCCGCAUCAGCUGCGUCUGUGAGUGAAACGAAGGCUUCCGACAAUGACUGCUCUGAGGCUGCCACAGGAGCAGACACCACAGUGUUUCAGAGCAGGCCAGACCUGCUGACGGAACUGAGAAAAGUCCACGUCCUGGAUGAGCUGAUCAUGGAGGAGAACCUCAAAAUCCAUGCGCUCAGACGCUGUAAAGAAAACCUGGACAAGGAAGCCUGUGAGUCUGAUACAAGCGGGUCGGCAAGUCUGAGCAAAGAGAGGGAGGCCUUUCGGUUACAGCUGGAAAAGGAGAAAAGGGAGGUGGAUAAGCUUGAGAAGAGUUUGGACAAAGAGUGUAAAGUGAAGGACAAGGAUGGAGCUCGAAAGGUUGUAAAAUGUUCUGUAAUGGAGAAAGCUAGAAGGGAGGACAAGGAGGACCGAGCACUCUGUGAUGUACAGGAUCCCUGUACAAGUGGACAUAUUCAAGCUGUACUGGGCCUUGAUGUUGUCCAAGAGGCUACACCACAAGACUUGGUUGAACUUGAAGAUCAUUGCUCUGGAGCUGAGCCAUUAUUAUUUAAUAUAACUACCUUAGUUAGUGCCUCUGAUUUGAAGGACCCUCCUGAAGAGGUGGAAGCUCAGGGAUGUGUCUCUGGGGAGGAAUUUGACAGAUUUAGUGAAAAGGCUAUCGUUUGCAAACCAGAAGCUUCUUUGACCCCUGAAAUGAGGCCAGAUGAUGGAGCGUUUGACCCAGGUGGAAGGCCUCGCCUUCCUCCUGUGCCUAAGCCAAGAAAGGCUUUGCUUCCUGCAGAACACGAAACUCUUCAUUCCACAGAGCUGCACGUUCCAGCUCAAGACGCUGCUAUUGUGCAACUUGAUCCACAAGAUAAACCACUCAAUGCACUGCCAGAGAAUGUGAAUCCAGCCAUCAGCCCCAGCUUGGUUCUCAGUGCAAAUGUGAAGGAGCACAGCAACAACAACAAUAAUAACCAUGCAGUGCCAGAAAUAUGCAACAUGCCUGUGGACCACUUGUCUGGAAUAAUCUCUCAAGAUGAAGAGGGGACAUCAGAGGUGCCUGCAUGUUUGCUGCAGACAGAUUUACAGACAGCAGAGGAAAUCCACACUUCAUCUCCUGCAGACGAGUGCACACAUCAGCCUUCUCCUCAGCAGCAGCCUUCUCCUCAGCUGCAGCCUUCUCCUCAGCUGCAGCCUCUUCCUCAGCAGCCUUCUCCUCAGCUGCAGCCUUCUCCUCAGCUGCAGCGUCCUCAGCAGCCUUCUCAGGAGCCUCUGGAAUUUGAGCCCUGUGGAAGAGAUGAGCAGAGUGAAGACCUGCCCCAUCGUGGUGCUCAGAGCUCUGAGGCUGUGAGGAUAUCAGGCUCUGGGUCACCUGGGAUUCAGGCCCAGCUUGACAUCAGCAUGAGACAGAUGUCAGAUUUCAAGACCCCCAUAGUCCUGGACACAGGCUCUGGACUGAUGAAAGCAGGAUUUGCAGAUCAAGACCUCCCAAACGUUAUAUUCCCAACAAUUAUUGGGAUGCCAAAAUAUGAGGAAAUAAUGAAUGGUCACGUUGAAAGGGAGACCUACAUCGGACACGAGGCUCAGCACAUGAGGGGGGUCCUGGCUCUGAGGCAUCCCAUAAAGAAUGGGAUCAUUCAUAACUGGGAUGAAAUGGAAAAGAUUUGGCAUCACACGUUCCAGCAGCUGUAUGUGGAUCCAGAGGAUCACCCUGUCCUGAUGACUGAAGCAGCCAUGAACCCCUUAGAGAACCGCCAGCGCAUGGUGGAGAUCAUGUUUGAGUGUUUCAAUGUUCCCUUCACCUACAUAGCCAUGCAGGCGGUGCUGGCACUUUACGCUGCAGGCAAAUCCACGGGCGUGGUGUUUGACUCUGGAGAUGGAGUGAGCCACAGUGUUCCCGUGUUCGAUGGGUACAGUCUACCUCAUGCUGUGCAGCGCUUCCCUCUGGCUGGUGUAGAUGUUACAAUGCAUCUUAAAAAGCUUCUGCAGGAACAAGGAGUAUGCAUGCGCACCACAGCAGAGAUGGAGAUAGUGAGGGAGAUGAAGGAGAAGUGCUGCUGCGUGGCUCUCAACUAUGAAGCCGAGCUGAGUCCGGGGGGGGCGUCCUGCAGAGAGAUGCAUUACACCAUGCCAGACGGACAGAUAGUCACUCUCGGCACGGAGAGGCUCAGGGCUCCUGAGAUUCUUUUCAAACCUGAGCUGAUUGGACGGGACCAUUAUGGGAUGCACGAGUCAAUCUUCAAGUCGGUCCUCAGCUCAGACAUCGACCUGCGGCGCUGCUUCCUGGGAAAUAUCGUGCUGUCAGGCGGGAACACGCUGCUGGCUGGCCUGCCUGAGCGGCUCCAGGCUGAAAUCAAAGGACUGGUUCCUGCCGACAUGGGGGAGAGUGUUCGCGUCACCAGCCCCAAAGACAGAGACUUCUCAGUGUGGAGUGGAGGAGCGGUGCUGGCCAACAUGCCCUCCUUCAGCUCUGCAUGGAUCAGUCAGGAAGAGUAUGAGGAGCACGGGCCGCAGAUCGUCUUCAGGAAGUGCUUCUGAGACUGUAAGACGCACGCUGGACUCGGACGUUAAUGAAAGCGUUUUAUUUAAGUGCAAUAUACGCAGAGCAGUGCCAUAAACAUGUCUGUCUAUUUUUUAUGUAUGAAUGAGUUUUCCUCUUGGCGUCGGUGUGGGUCCUGACCUGACACAGUGGGUUUCUGCUGACCUGCUGCUCGUCUUAUGCCUGUUCUACUGAGAUCCACCAACAUGACAUGAACUUCCUGUCUGUCCAUGUCAUUGUCCCUCAAGAACCUUUAACUGUCUCGUUGUUUUUCCAUGUUCUUAGAAUUGAAGCUCAUGUCUGUGGUUAAGGGACUAGAAUUGAAGCUGGCCUUUAAUUGAUGUCUGACAACUUUUUUUUUUUUUUUCCACAUUGAGCAGGUGAGGGACAUAAAUUCAGCUCAACGUGCUGACUAUAUAUUAAUCUGUUAUCAAAUAAUGAUGUGUAUUUAUACAAAAUUUAAAGUAAAUCGGUCUAACAAAUGAAAUAUGACAUGGUGAAAGUUGCUUUCAGUUUUGAAUUUGGAUCAGUGCAGCUGUGCAGUAUUAAAGCAGCAUAAAAUGAUGUUUGAGGGAUUAUCUGGGCCACUGUUGGGAAAGAAGAUUGUUGAUUCUCUAAAUGUUAUGUCUUCAUGUAAUAUUCUCAAUAUUUGAACUUCCUUUCUUGUAAUGUGACUUUUCUUUUUACAUUUAUGUCACAGUACAACUUUUCUUCAAUAUUUAGAAUUUUUUGUAAUCUGGAUACAAUCUGUUUCCUCAUAAUUCUAUUUAAUAACCUCACAGUUGUUUUGUGGUUCCCCUGGCAGUGGCUCAAAUAUAUGAAAUCUUUGGACAUGAACACUUUCUGUUGCUGCAGCUGUGUGAACAGGAGAGGACAGAGGUGUGGAUUUGUGAUGAUGGUGCUUUUCCCACCAUGUUGAUUCCCCUCCUGAGCUGUGUUAGGAUCAGUGAAUGUCAGCCUGUAGUUGGUAAUACUGAGAUGUGAGUACAGUAAUGGUGUGUGUGUGGUAAUGCUGAUCACUUGAUUCCACAGAAUAAUGCUGCUGCUGCAGGUCCAGUGUUUGUCUUUGUGUUCAAGCUCUCUUUAAUGUUUCUCUUUGAAUGACGUGUCUUAUUAAUUUUCAAAUCCCGUCUGAUCUGAGAGCAGUGCUUGUGUGGAUUUAAACACUUGCACAGUAGUGUUGUUUUUUUGUAAAAGGUGUUCAGUGGUGUCAGCACUGCUGCUGCUGUCUCAUUACCAUGAAUUCUAAACCAUGUCAACCCUGUGUAUGUAUGGGUCUACUUUUCAUCUCUUUUGCAUGAAAUGAUUUUGUUGCAUGUAAUUUAGUUGCACCUUUUUGCACAUGCUCCUCUGUCUGCAUGCUUUUCUUUAUUUAUGUAAACGUCUCUCUAAAGGCAUGGGGUUGUCAUGUGACCUAAAGCUCAGCUCUUCAGUGGAAAUCAUGUGACUGUGUGAACUCCAGCCUGAGCCUGACAGAGAUGAACUGCUCGGGCUGGUUUAGCGGCUGUAGUUUGUCUGCGCCUCCUCCUCCUCUAAAUGUACUGUGACAGUCUGAACUGAGUCUGGCAAGUUUUCACCCAAGCCAUGCUAUUUAUGUCAUGUCUGUUUUUAUAAUAAAUA